CGCUUUCAGGGAACGUCAGUGUUCUGUGUGUUCUUCUCUCUCUCUCUCUCUCUCUCUCUCUCUCUCUCUCUCUCUCUCUCUGUGAAUGACGGUUAAAAUGAGAGGAGGAUGUGUGAGGUUCGAGCGAACGCUAACUCGGAGCAGCUGAUGGACGCCGCGGGUCCUGUGGCUCACACCAUGGAGAAGGAGGAUGGAGAUGGAGAUGAUCUCUCUCUGGAGGAGAUUUUAACGCUGUACGACCAGCCGAUUAACGAGGAGCAGGCGUGGGCUGUGUGUUAUCAGUGCUGCAGAGAUUUAUCGCGUUCGGAUCAGCACAGGGUUGUCAGAGGACCAGGAGAUGUCAGGAUCCAUAAAGACGGAGCUGUUAGGAUAGAAAAAGGGAAAGAGCACUCGGCAUCCGCUGUGGAUAUGAAUGUAAUUGAGUCUCUGGGCAUUAUGAUCUACAAAGCAUUGGACUAUGGUUUAAAGGAGAACGAGGAGAGAGAACUCAGCCCACCGCUUGAGCAGCUAAUCGACCUCAUGACCAACAUGACCGAGCUGAACCCUGACCCUUGCCCUGAUGAAGGCUACGAAGCUACAGAGGAUGAGGAGGAAGAAGAGCUCCACCAGAGCAGCGGGGUUCGCUGUUACCGAGAUGUUCUUAAGCUGUGCACGAUGCACCUCCCGAGCCCGGCCGACGCCCCCGAUCACUACCGGGCCGUGUGUCGCGCGCUUUAUGCUGAAACCAUGGAACUACGGACAUUUCUGAAAAAAAUCAGGAGCGCAAAAGAGAACCUGCAGAAGAUGGAAGGCGGCACGACCGUCGAUUCAGCCAGAGACCUGAACGAGCUGCAGAACGCAGACUGGGCACAGUUCUGGGUGCAGGUGAUGAGGGACUUGAGGACCGGUGUGAAGCUGAAGAAGGUGCAGGAACGGCAGUAUAACCCUCUGCCCAUUGAGUUUCAGCUCACACCCUACGAAAUGCUCAUGGACGACAUCCGCGCCAAACGCUACACACUGCGCAAAGUCAUGGUGGAGGGAGGCAUUCCUCCUCGGUUAAAGAAGAGCGCACACGAGGUCAUCCUGGAGUUCAUCCGAUCCAGACCUCCACUCAAUCCUGUGGCAGCACGUAAGCUAAAGCCUCAGGUGGAACGUCCUCCGAGCCUCCAUGAAAGGAUCCUGGAGGAGAUCAAAUCCGAGAGGAAACUCCGCCCAGUGUCACCUGACCAGAUUCGCAGGAGCAGAAUGGUAAUUCGGCCGCUUAGCACGUCUCAGAGUUUUGACUCCUCAGGUAAAGCCACGCAUUCUGCCUCAAUUGUGUCACUUUGUACAGAUGUCUCUGCCCUCGAUGCAGCGAGAAAGGCAUCCAGUUCGCUCUCGUUAGCUAACGGCUCGUCGCUCCGAACAAACGGCGCCAGCGGCUUCCAGAGGAAAAGACUCCAUGCUCCCACUCUCGCCGAACUGGGCAGCUCGGACUCUGACGAUGAAUCAAUGGGUCAAAAGUCAGCCAGCAGCUCCAGUAUCUCCACACCGAUAGUCGAGGACACGUCACCGGAGUCUGCGGUGGGAAAGAAGACCCCGCCCAUGUUCCUGCCCAUCUCCUCCACACCGCAGCCAGAGAGGAAGCAGCCAACACAGAGGAGGCACUCCAUAGAGAAGGAGACCCCCACCAACGUCCGGCAGUUCGUCCCUCCGUGCAGACAGAGCUCCAGAUCCUUAGAGGAGUUCUGCUUCCCAGUGGAGUGUUUGUCCCUCACGGUGGAGGAGGUGAUGCACAUCCGACAGGUCCUGGUCAAAGCCGAGCUGGAGAAGUUUCAACAGUACAAAGACAUCUACAACGCUCUAAAGAAAGGAAAGCUCUGCUUCUGCUGUCGAACUAAACGGUUCUCCUUCUUUACCUGGUCUUACACCUGCCAGUUCUGCAAAAGACCUGUGUGUUCACAAUGCUGUAAGAAGAUUCGUUUGCCUUCUAAGCCGUACAGCAGCCUACCCAUCUACUCUCUUGGCCCGUCUACUUCCACACUGUCCCGAGACAAAACAGAGAAGACGAGCACAAGCCAACGCCGGCCUACACUUCAGCGUACCAUGAGCAGACUGUCCAAGUCAUCACGUCAGUCGUCAGCUUCAUCUUCACGUGAGGACAUCGAGCUACCCAAAGACUUGACUGAAGACUGGAGCACCAUGGAGGUGUGUGUGGACUGCAAGAAGUUCAUCUCUGACAUCAUCUCAUCCAGCAAGCACAGCCUUUCCCUGGCUACCAAACGCGGCCGAAUGAAGCGCAAGACGCACUCGUUCAUCGAGUCCUCGUCCGCAGGAUCCGAGUACCGACCGUCCGAGAGAACCAUUCAUGAGGUCUAAAACAUGCUUUUAAAGAAAAAUAAAUUGACCUAGACGACGUAAUUCCUAAAGUGGAGUCUUCAAGUCUCUGUGUUUGUCCUGGAUAUUACUACAACGUGAGCUGUUGGCUGUGUAUUGGGUGACUAAAAUAAUUGAAGGACGACUUCUUAAAGAGAUUUGUUCAGACGUACGUACAAGCCGGCGUGUGUUCAUAAUCAGUUAGAAGAUAUGCAUGAUGUUUUUUUUUUGUUGUUACUAUGGACACUUCAAAAUGUCUCCAGAGUUCCCGAGAUAAAGUCUGUUCCAUUCAGAAAACAAAAUAAGGGCAGCUGUCUUUCAGAAAUCCUUUAUUUUGUACAUAUCUUAAGGAGAGAAGGAAGGCAAAACUGUCACUGUGACUCAGGAAUACAUUAACUUUAAAUAUACACGAUUGUGUACGACAGGAACGAGUAGUUGAAUAAUUGAAUAGUUUUUAAUAUAAUCACCAAAUAAUCCCCAAUUUACUUUAAAAUUCGAUCCCUGGUGCUUGUCCACUACUGAACAAACAGAAAGUAAGCUUAUUGCUUAUUGUGAUCACAACCAAAUCCAAGGGUGCCAAUACUGGUAUUUAUUCAUACAUCGUAAAACAUUAUGUGCAAAUAAAUUUAUUUCAUUUAUUAAAUUUAGUCAGCUGCCAUUUUUAUGGUUUGCUGUUUAGCACUGCUGCUAAACAACUAAGUAAUACAGAGGCUAGUUAAUGACCGAGGUGAAGAAUUUAAAUAGCUAGCUAGCAAGUAACCUGGAACUCUUUUGUUGUAAAGGAUGUAAACAAAGUGAGAACACACAAACCAGACAAAGCUGUAGAGAAUGUCAUAAUUUACCUCAGACAUCUUGGUCAAUUACUCAAAAAAUGCUCCAUGUGGCUAAAAUCACGAUCGAAAUACAGUUAGCUUCGAAUGCUAACUCGGCUUCUGUGAACACGUGCGCCUUUUAAAAAAAAUAGUGACACUGAGGGGAAAAAGUUAACGGUGAAUAUCCGAAGAAGUCGAUACAGGGUUGUUUUGUGUUGAAGUUUCUCAAGGAAAACACAGUAACUUAUUCAGUUAAUAAAGAGUAGACUUGUGAAGACAUUUUCUGACAGGAUCCUUCCUCCGUUGUAUAAAACCGAUUAUGGACACACGUCUCGUCGUAUCCUGGGAGUCGUGCGACGUACGACGGUCUCGGAUUCGUCGUGUAAAUACGUGUAUUUGCUGCAGGUGUAUAGAUCGUUGAUCAAGCUGUAUUUAUUUUUCUAUGAAUCAACUGACAUGCUGUUGUUUAGCCAAUGAUGUGGGAUGUUGUAAUGAUGCCUUGUUGCCAGUCCUAGAUUAUUCAAAUCCUCUCGAAUAACCUAAUCCCAAACGACGUAGUGAUGAGAUUUUUUACCAGAGUCAGUGCUGUUUGAUGUGAAGUGUCACUGGUAGCCAUGUUGGUUCUCCACAUUAUCUGGUAGUAAAUAUAAAACCCUUCAUUUAUUUAAAGUCGUUGGUCUUUAGCAUUUGUUCGUCCUUUGUUUUUUCACAUAAACAUCGUCAAUAGUAUUUAAUUGAAAUAACUGAUGACGUUUGUCUUUUAUAUAAGGACCUAAAUGUACAGGUUGUCUUUUUUUUUGUUGUUUUUUUUUAUGUAGUCUUAAUAUGACACACUGUUUUUUUGCCUUAAAGCUACUGACUUUUACAAGUCUCUAAAUUUUAUUUAAUUUAAUCUUGUUUAUUCUCCAGAAUACACAACUUGACAUCGAGAUAUUAAUCAUCUGCACAAAUGACCAAACGUCUCAUACCGAAGACUAGGUUUUGAGUGACAGUGUUUCUUUAAGUCAGGGGUUCUCUAAAAAAAGCACAACACAAUUUUAUCAAUAUAUCUUCAUAGAUGAUUCGGCAAAUCAACGUUAGCCGAAAUUAUAAUAAAAACGGAAUGUGAUUUCUCAAAUUAAACAUAAUAACAGUAAAUAACACCCUUUUGUACCUCAACUGAUACCUUCUUUAUUGAACCUGAAGCAUUUGACAGUUUUACUGUGAUUACAGGUUUUCGUGUUAUUCUUUUAAAAGAUUUAUGACCGAAGAUUGUAAUAAAUUUACGUUAAAAAUGCGGUUAUUUUCUGCAUUAUUUCACAAUACGUCCUAGCAAUAAUUUAGGUCUUUAGAUGUAUAACAAAUUAUUUUUACUGUAAUAUUUAGUUGUUCGUUUACAUUUACUGCCAGAGUAGAUAUAUAUAUUUAUUUUUUUGCCAGAGAACAUCAGUGAUGCCUGGUAGCUUAUUUGAGAGAGAUUUUUUUUUUUUCCUUCAUUUAAUCUUUUAAUCUCGUUUAAUCUAAGCCGCUUUUUCGCCUUAUAAUUAUAGCGUUCCUCUGUUCCGUAAAGCUACUGAUGGUUCACGGAUUCCCUACUGCAACUGGAGCGAAGCACAACACGACUAAUUCACACCAGAGUCCUUAGACUUGAUAUGCUGUUUAAAAAAAAAAGAAAAGGACGGACUGAGAGGCACAAUACAGACCUGUGAGCAAGACCUUCAUCAUUUCAUUUCAACAGGCAUUUCUACCAAACAGGAUCUGAGACAGAACCACAUGAAGUUCAGUGUCCGCACCGUGUUAUGCUUUUCGGUGCAUGCGAUGAUGAUGGACUUUCCUCAUGACUGAAGUUUUUAAGAAAGACUUGCGGCUAAAUCUGUACCUUCGUACAAACGACUGGCAAUUGCAUGUACGUCUGUGCUUGUGCGUUGGAUCUGUGACUAAUUAUUUUUGUUUCCCAAAAUCUGGACGAUCCUAAUAAACAAAUGCAAAAACCUUCAA